AUGUCCGGGGGGAACCCGCGGAGAGGCGCGGGGCUCAUCGGCCUCAUGAAGGACGCCUUCCAGCCGCAACAACAGCUGCAGCAGCCGCAGCAGCCUGCGGUGGUGGACAAGAGGAUGGUGGAGAAGUGCUGGAAGCUCAUGGACAAGCAUCACAUUUGUCUGAAGCUAACCAUCAGUGGUUGUUUUGGUCUCAUCAGCAUCACAUCCGUCUGCUUUCCUGUUUAUUGUUGUGUGACCCUGUGUGUGGUCCUCAGUUGUGUGACCCUGUGUGUGGUCCUCAGUGGUGUGACCCAGUGUGUGGUCCUCAGUGGUGUGACGCUGUGUGUGGUCCUCAGUUGUGUGGUCCUCAGUUGUGUGACCCUGUGUGUGGUCCUCAGUUGUGUGACCCUGUGUGUGAUCCUCAGUUGUGUGUUCUUCAGUUGUGUGACCCUGUGUUUGGUCCUCAGUUGUGUGACGCUGUGUGUGGUCCUCAGUUGUGUGACCCUGUGUGUGGUCCUCAGUGGUGUGACCCUGUGUGUGGUCCUCAGUGGUGUGACCCUGUGUGUGGUCCUCAGUGGUGUGACCCUGUGUGUGGUCCUCAGUGGUGUGACGCUGUGUGUGGUCCUCAGUUGUGUGGUCCUCAGUUGUGUGACCCUGUGUGUGGUCCUCAGUUGUGUAACCCUGUGUUUGGUCCUCAGUUGUGUGGUCCUCAGUUGUGUGACCCUGUGUGUGGUCCUCAGUUAUGUAACCCUGUGUUUGGUCCUCAGUUGUGUGGUCCUCAGUUGUGUAACCCUGUGUUUGGUCCUCAGUUGUGUGGUCCUCAGUUGUGUGACCCUGUGUGUGGUCCUCAGUUGUGUGACCCUGUGUGUGAUCCUCAGUUGUGUGUUCUUCAGUUGUGUGACCCUGUGUUUGGUCCUCAGUUGUGUGACGCUGUGUGUGGUCCUCAGUUGUGUGACCCUGUGUGUGGUCCUCAGUGGUGUGACGCUGUGUGUGGUCCUCAGUUGUGUGGUCCUCAGUUGUGUGACCCUGUGUGUGGUCCUCAGUGGUGUGACGCUGUGUGUGGUCCUCAGUUGUGUGACCCUGUGUGUGGUCCUCAGUUGUGUAACCCUGUGUUUGGUUUUCAGUUGUGUGACGCUGUGUGUGGUCCUCAGUUGUGUGACCCUGUGUGUGGUCCUCAGUUGUGUGACCCUGCGUGUGGUCCUCAGUUGUGUGACCCUGCGUGUGGUCCUCAGUUGUGUGACCCUGUGUGUGGUCCUCAGUGGUGUGACGCUGUGUGUGGUGCUCAGUGGUGUGACGCUGUGUGUGGUGCUCAGUGGUGUGACGCUGUGUGUGGUGCUCAGUUGUGUGACCCUGUGUGUGGUCCUCAGUUGUGUGACCCAAUGUGUGGUCCUCAGUUGUGUGACCCAAUGUGUGGUCCUCAGUUGUGUGACCCUGUGUUUGGUCCUCAGUUGUGUGACCCUGUGUUUGGUCCUCAGUUGUGUGACCCUGUGUUUGGUCCUCAGUUGUGUGACCCUGUGUGUGGUCCUCAGUUGGGUGGUCCUCAGUUGUGUGACCCUGUGUGUGGUCCUCAGUGGUGUGACCCUGUGUGUGUGGUCCUCAGUUGUCUCACCCUGUGUGUGGUCCUCAGUUAUCUGA